AUGUUCUGCAAAGAUGAAGUAGAAUUUAAAGUUAAAGAAACAGGUUUUAUAACGGAUCUUACUGAUGAUAUGUCUCCAGGUAGCCCAUUGGCAGCAUCCUCAAACACCAAUCCUGGAAAUAAUAAUAAACAGCAAAACCAAAACAAUGAUAAGCAGCAAUCUACAAAUAAUAAGAAAAAUAAUCAAAUGACUUCUGGUACAAACCAAACAAACUCUAGAGCUAAACCAAUACCAUCUAGAAUAACGCGUACCGUGAACGAAGGUAUAAGUGUUAUCGAACAAAGGAAGAAUAUAUCUUAUUUGCAUAGAUGUGAAGUAACACCACCACCUCAAGAAAAAAUGCCCCAAACAUUGAAACAGGUAACACUACGAAAAUCAGACAGUAAAAAAGCUUCAGCCAAUCACCCUGUUAAAUUUGCGCCUUUUACAGACCCAAAUAUUUAUAGUUACCCCAAAGGAAUACCGAAAAGCUUCUUAAUGAAACCGUCUGAACAGACACCAGAGCCUUAUUCUCAAUUUGCAAAUAAAAAUCUUAAUCCCCAACAAAAUGUUCAACCAAACACAUUUGAUUGGCAAGCUGGAAAUGUACCAGAUAUUAAUCCAACUUGGCCUACGCAAACGGCAGCUCCAGUAUGGACUAAUGCCGAUGGACAACCACUAUUCGUUAAUACUGAAACUGAAACGGACCACCCUCAAGCGUAUUCACCGUCUGAUGUGUACACUGACAAUUUAGCAUCAAUCUCACAAAAUGAUGAAGAUGAGUUAGACCCGAAUACGCUUGAGUUAGGCUCUGGAGAAAAGAGGCAAAGCGCUUUUGAUCGUUUAGGACCCGUAUCGCAGCCUAAGAAACCAAAACUGACCAUUAACCUACUUUGCAACAAGGAACAGCCUGUAAGAGAGGUCGUCGAUGAAACUAAUGAGGAACCUAAAGAAAAAUACAUACCAGUACAUCUUCGAGAAGAUAUAUUAUCUAGUACCGAUGAGACUGUCGUGAAAUUCCGCGAACUUUGGCCUUGGAAGAAAACUGUUGCUAAUAUCAAAGCAGUUACAGCUAGAAGCUCUAAGUCCGUCAUGUUAAUGGAAAUGGAACAAAUGGAUGAGCAUUAUUUAAAGGAAAACGUUUUCUUUCAAAUUACAGUCAAAGGCUACCCACCAAAGUGGACUAAGGAAAACGUAUUGGACGCCAUAUUGGACGCGAUCAAAUUGAAAGGUUUCACUCCCUGCUUCAUUGAGUUCACGCCUCAAGAAUGCAAUUUCCUUGUGAUAAAAAGCAGACCAGGUUUACUAGCUAUCCACAGAGCUGGUUUCUGCAUCCGCAAAGAUGACGUAGAAAUGAACAUCACUAUAGCAUUGACUACCCUCAGUCUGAAACAUAUAGAGUUCAUACCGAGAUUAAUAUUGAGAAAAAGACUAUAUAUAGCGUAUGACGGAGAGAAAUGUUUGGACUUAAGCAAUUUCACCAGAAAGGAAGAUAUAAGUCACUUCAUAUACUAUCCGUUAAAUCAAUCACCAAAUCAAAUGGAACUAGUGCAACUACAGACUUGUGUUGAAUGGUCACGUCUAACUGAACUCAUUCUUUCACAUAAUAGAAUAACCUCUAUAGAUGGCUUCAAUCUCGCUGUGACUUCGCCUAAGCUGAAACACUUGGAUUUAUCGUACAACAACAUACCGUCAAUAAUGGCACUCAUUCGCAUUCGUGACUUAAGCCUAAGAUCGAUUAAAUUGGAGGGGAACCCUCUAUGUCACGAUUAUACCGACCCAGGGCAAUACGUUAAGGUUUUGAAGACCAUGUUUUCUUCGUUACAAGAAAUCGAUGAUGUACCUAUAAAAAUGAAAGGAGAAAUGCCUUCUUUCAAAAAGAACUAUUGUCCAGAAGAUGCGAAGGGUAUAAUUGAAAAGUUUCUAGAAGUGUAUUUUCCACUUCUAGAUUCGACAGAUCAUAAUAGGGCAGGAAUAGAAGAGUUGUAUCACGAAAAAGCAUCUAUGACUAUUACAUAUAGGUUCAAAUUACGUUACGGUCCUAUAUACAGAACAUGCCGUAGUUUGUUCCUUCAUAGUAGAGUAAUGGAUGAAGGCGACACAGACGCGGUGAACGGUGCUUCAGCAAUCGCUAGUCUCAUUGAUGAAUGGCCUGUUUUAAAACACGACCCGUCCACAUUUACUAUCGACGUGUUGCAACACGAUGACUGGAUGACCAUCUUCAAAGUGGCCGGUGUACUCCAGCUGCCUUCAGAAAACUUGAACGACGAUCACCUGUUAGCAUUCUCGAGAACGUUCGUGUUGCACUCAUACGAUGGAUGCGAAUACAAAAUAACCAACGAGAUGGUAUACUGGGAUAAACCAACGCCUGAAUAUGCCAACAACGCGUUCCAGAUAACAAUGGUGAAACCGAAAAAGCUAAGUUUAACAUUGGAAUCACCACCUGACGAAGAUCUGAAACAGAAACUUUUAGAAAUUUUUAUGCGAUUGACAGAUCUAAGUCUGACUGCGAGUAAAAGGUGCCUAGAACAGAAGGAUUGGAACUUGAAAAUGGCAUUGGAUUAUUUUAUGAAAUUGUUAAAACUCGAUGAUUUAGAAAUUUUAACUAAAUAA